AAAUUUGGUGAGUGGCAUCUUACAAGUUGCAGCAAACCCUCAGCGCUAUCGUUGACUCAUUCCUCCAGUUUUAUCUAAUCGGCGCUUCCAGCCUACGCCGGGGUGUGUUCGCGUCGCCGCUUUUUGGCUGUUGAAACCUCGGGCCUGAGACUGCGAUGGUUCCCUCGGAUAGCGCUAUAGAAACUCCCGCAGGGGACCCCGCUCGAACUUCGCAGGUAACAAUGGACGAGGCAGAGUUGUCCCCCAAGUUGGAUGAUCCCCAACUCGUCGAGGAAAUCCGCGAAAGGAUCAACCUCAAGAUGGCAGACGCUCUCAGCAGACCUUGCUCCGCGACUGACACGAAAGACUGCCGCCUUCUAGACGAUGUGACAUCAUGGAAUGAACUUCUGCAUCCUGUUGGAUUCGAAGUGUACGAGUACGAACCCGGACGCUUCGCGCUGCACUCCCUAAACGCCCACUUCGAAGAAACGACGGGCCACAGCGUGCAUAUUCAGGAAGGUGCAUUUGCUUUUUAUUUCUUGCUCAAGACGCACCGCUGCAUAAAGGUGCUCAAAAUGGAAGAACAUCUUUUACUCGUUCAUUGCUUUCCUCUUGUGAAACUCGCUUUCUUGGAGAACAAAGGCCUGGAGGUUGUGAAAGUAAGGCACUCUUACAUGGCUCCUUAUCCUUCUUGCGAGCUUCUUGAAGCAGCUGCUAACAUAACCAGCCUCCGGCGAGUGGUGCUGUACGAGCUGGAACUCACAACUCUCGGUGCCCAGCAGCUGGCUGAGGUUUUGGCUCGUAAUGAAUUGCUCGAGUCUGUGCAACUUCAUUAUGACGUGUCAGACGGCCGAGACCAAGAUGUGCUGUUCAGAUCAAUUGCCGGCCUUAGACGUCUCUCCAGUGUGUCUCUUAACAGCAGGAAGUUAGACGAUGCCGCCGCUAAGGGAAUCGCGCAUCUUCUGAGAACAACAGACACACUCAGAGACCUUAAACUUGGUGGAUGGGAGACUGUGGACCCAGAGCAUUUUACUCUCGUGGCGGAUGCUCUUAAAGAAAACAAGACACUUGAGUCGGUUACAUUUUCUUACUGCUAUAUCAAUGACGAAGGGUGUGGGCUCGUAGCUUCGGCUUUGAGGGAAAACACAUCCAUAAAGAGGCUUACCAUAUGCCGUGGCGAAUUUGGUGACGGUGGAGCACAAUCUCUCGCAGAAGUGCUGAAGACCGAUGCUUGUAUUGAGGACCUGGAUCUUUCGGGCAACGACAUUGGAAGUAUGGGAGCUAGAGCUCUUGCCGAGGCCAUCGCUGCCAAUCAUACCCUCAAAAAUCUAAACCUAACCCAGAACUACAUUGACACCUUGGGAACUAUGGCAAUAGCAAAGUCAUUGGUGGGUAAUACCACAUUAGAAGAAGUCAACCUGGGGUAUGUGCUGUGCGAGGAUUCAGAGCUGGAUGGACUCGAGACUAUGUUCGAGGGUUUCGGUAUACAGGUGUCGGACACUGAAAGCGAUUGCCUUGUGAAGCUGUUCCGAAAGCUGAGCUCCUUUGAAAAGAUCAUUGCGGUCUGGAACGAUGCUGGAGUUUCUGAACUUGCUCGGACCAUCCAGUGCUCCAGCAAAAUUCGGAAAGUGUCUUUGGAGGGACUUUGCGAAGUGUCCACCGAAGUUCUGAAGGAGUUGUUUCAUGCACUUCUUGCGAACAAGACUGUAGAAACCCUCGAGAUUCCGCUGGAAAUGAUGUGCAGUGAAGAUGCUGUGAGUUCCCUAACAGAGUACCUUUCCACUACAACGUCUUUGAAGCACUUCACCAUGCCAUUGAAGGCGUCCCAGAAGGAGGCAGUUAGGGCUCUGACUGAAGCUCUGGCCGUCAACUAAAGCAUCAUACAUCUUCAGGUCAUCUGCCCUGAUGUUGAUGAGCUCACUGAACAGUUGUUUGGAAAUGUCUUCAAACAGAACCACACCAUUGAAACCUUUCUGUUAAACGACUAUACAGGGCAGUUUGAGUUGAGUGAUCACAAGCCUUUGAUCAAGUUAGCAGCUGCUCUUGCCGAUAACUAUGUUGUGACCAAGGUGAAAAACGAGUUCUCGGGGGUUCCCUGGGAGGGUUUGUCAGCAGUGCACACAAUUCUCCGGAGAAAUCUGUCGCUACUGAAUCAAGCUGUGAGGUUUGCAUUGGAUCCUACUUCUGAUGUCCCCGAGGUAGCCGACCUCUUUUGGCAAGUCCGGCACCUCCGGUCCUUUCAGCAGCUACUGGCACGUGUUGUAAACACGACUGCCGAGGAAGCUAAAGACAAGAUUAGUGUUGUGGAGAACUUUGUGAAGUGUCAUUAUGGGAAGUAAGAUGGACCACUGCUACCUGCUGAGAAGAUGAAACUGCUGCUAUGCUGUGCUGGUUUAUUGUGAAUACAAGCCUUUUGAAGUAUGCAAAAUCUAGAGUAGUUUUUGGUGAACUGGGUACCAAGGUCACUCUUUGACGUUUUGAAGGAUAUACUUUGUAGUGGUGGUUAAUUCUACUUUCAUGGAGCAUGCCGAGAGUUAAUCUCACCUUUGUUGUCGAUCUUGUUAAGUAUGAACAUAUUUUGCUGAAUAACUACCGAAUAAGAGGUUGUCAGUUCUUUGCUGCAUUUGAUAUGUCUCGCAAUGUUAAGACUUGAGAUAAUGCUUCAUAAAAAUUAUUUGAUGGUUUAUAGAUGGUUCAAAGAUAGGCCUAUGUUAAGAGCCAGAAUAUCCAAUGUUCAUCAGUCUAUAUAUUUUUAGAAUCUGGUACAAGCUUAUGCCUAUUGGAACUGCCUCAUUUAACAUUUUAACAGGCUACCUGCCUUUUAAAUUAAGUAGCAAUCUGUGUGACAUUAACUGUCCUGCUUAUGACUGUAAAAGCACCUUCACCCUACCACUGGUUGUGCACACAUUGUAAUUGGGACAUACAACAGUUGUAUUUGCCUUAGCCCUUCAAACUCCAUGUGAGGUGAUGCCAUAUAGCCCCAAACAUGUGACUCUGCACACGGUAACUUGUGUAUACUGUAAUGUGUAGUAAACAGUGUCAUAAUUUGUUAGCUUUAGUGUAAUACACAGGAAUGAUGAUUGGUAAGCACUAGGCUGAAGUUCGUUAAUGAACUGCCCUAAAGCGAAGGUUGUUGCUGGCUUGAUGUUUGUGUGUUUAGUGUAUGCAUUUGCCUGCCCGUUAGAAUGGAAGCCUUACACUGCGAGUCUUUUUUCUAAUCUACAUCUUUUUUGGGGGGUAUUGCUAAUUUUGUGGCAACUACCACAGCUUGGAAUAAUAGCCCGUUGAUAUCUGUUGGGCACCAAAUAGAACCAACUUGAAGUAGAGUUAAUAAUCAUGACAUUUGAUGAAGUGUAGCAAAACAUUGUGCUGAGGAAAGAGUAAUCAAGGGCAUCUUCCUAGAUUGUGUAAACUAAGGAAUAGUAUGCUUGUGGAUGUGCUAGGUCCCUACAAGCUUUUCUGGGCCGUUUUGAGCAGAAGUAGCUUACAACAUGAAUCACCUUUCCUUUUCAUUUGAGUUUAAAAAUUGUUUUGCCCUGAAAUAUUUAUCCUUGAACCUCUUCCUUAUCUUGGGGGGCGGACCAUUUUGCUCCCAACUCUGUCUCAAUCUGCUCACUAUAGCUUCUAGGCUCUUUAAAUAGGAAUUGGUUUUGCCCUAGCCAGUUUCUUUUCUGCUCUUUAUUUUAUUGCUUAUAUGUUUUGAAGGAUUGUUACAUUUUUGCAAGAACUGUGGCUGGGGCCAUGUGCCUGGCCCUCGUGGUCACUCCUUCCCCAUGAAGCCUUGCCCCUCCUUCUGUCCAAUAAUAAAUUUUCAAUCAAUUUGGUUUGCUUUUGCCUGGCACUCUGUAGAAACUGCACAUUCUCUAACUCUAGUCCUAAAAUGGCAUGGCUCAAAUCGCAUUGAAAUGAGUACUUUUUUAUAGGAUAUGCACUGAAAGUAUGAAAGGACAGUUGGGGGAAGCAUUCCUUCUCUGGGUAUCAUGUGGGCUGUGGGUCCAAGUAUACCUGUCUCUAUUGUAUAGUAUACAAAGCGGGCUUGUUUUUUAUCUGCUCGUUCGAGCUUCAGGACGUUUGGCUGCCUUGAAUCUGUGAUCAUGAAGCUAUGCUUGACUCUGAAUGCUUACCUUUUGCUUCGUUCAAUGUCAUUUAAAGUAGGUACUUUAUUUUUGUAAGCUCAUAAUCGCACAAAAUAUGGCUGCUAAGCAGUUGAUGCCCAGAGGCUGCGAAUAAAUGUAUACUUAAAUUCAA